GUGGGAACAGAUAGUUUUUAUUAAUUUACUUUCAACAUUUAUGUUAAGUGAAACAAGUGUAGUGUUGUGUUUAUUAAUAAUGACUAAAAUAAAGUUGUUUUAAACUUUUUAGUGACCGAAGUGGACUUUUAUAUAUCAUGAUCGAUAUUGGAUUACCCACAAACAUACCUUAAAAAGUUCCACGAAUGCAGGCAAAAUGUUAGCGCAUGCUGCGAAACGGAAAUCGCAGACAACACGUGAAUGAUCGGGCUGUGGGUGGUGGGCGACCGUGGCAGAGAUGCAAGAGAUAUGCAACACCGCCGCGCUGCCGCUCGACACCAACCCCCUGGUGCGCAAGAUAAAAUGUGAAGAGUUUCCCGUCAGGAAGCAGGCGAGGGUCGGGAUGGGCGUGCGUGAUGAGAUGGAGGACGAGUUUGCGGUGAAGACGCGGAACACUCCGCCGAUGGGGCCGGCGGCGGGGGUCGACGCGCGCAUGGAGCAUGGCGGGAACGGGUUCUGGCUGGCCGCCGUGACCGCCGCUGGCGCACCACAUCCCAUGCUCGACACCUGCACGGAGACAGGCUUCAUUAACAGCCAGCCGUCAAUGGCGGAGUUCAUGACGGCGCUACCGCAGCUGGGGGCUGGUGAACUGAGUCCUCAGCACACGCCGCCAGGCUACGGGCCUGACUUACCAUCGCCAGGCGGUGGGCUUAAUGUACCUGAGUAUCCCUGGAUGAAGGAGAAGAAAACGACAAGGAAAAGCAGUCAACAAGAAAAUGGUUUGCCGCGGAGACUGCGUACAGCCUACACGAACACACAGCUGCUAGAGUUGGAAAAAGAAUUCCAUUUUAAUAAAUACCUAUGUCGACCCCGACGUAUUGAGAUAGCAGCAUCGCUGGACCUAACUGAGCGACAGGUGAAAGUAUGGUUUCAAAAUCGACGAAUGAAACACAAACGUCAAACCCUUAGUAAAAGUGAAGACGGAGACGAUAAGGAUUCAACAACGUCCGAAGGUGGGAAAAGCUCAAAGGCACGGGACAAAUUUCUCGACGACGACGGUCCGCUGUCGGGUAAAAAGAGUUGCCAGGGCUGUGAGCUACCGCCGGGCGCUUUGUGCUCGCCUACUGAAGAUUUGCCGGAGCUCACGUCGCGAACGAGGAAUAAUAACACCCCUAGUGCGACAAAUAAUAACAGCUUUGCGAGUGACGGCGCUUCGAGCGUGGCUUCGUCGUCGUCUCUAGAUAAACUUGCUGAAGAUGACUCAAGAGAUGCGCAUCCAACUGCAACGCUCGCUCCAGUACCACGAAACUUGGCGAAACGAAUAAAACAAGAAGCCAGAAAACGUUCACCUUCGUUGGAUGCGACGGGUUGCAAAGUAUCACCGUCUUCUUCGAAGGAUGGUCUGGUAGCGCUCGGCGGAAUGCCGGAUGGCGGCAAAUUCUCAUCGGUAAGCUUAACGCCAUCCUCAACACCUGGGACUCCUUCAGGCAUACACCAAAGUCCUCUCGGUCAUUACGCAAGACCAUCGCCACCGAACGUCCCACCGGGAGCACCGCAUCCUCAAGCUGUGCCUAAUGCGAUGCCCCCGUAUGUAAUACGUGGUAACGUACCACCCGGACAAUUCGGACCACAUGCAGACUUUCGAAUGGAUUCGAAGCAGUUUGGAAAGUUAGCUCAAUACCCUCAGAGCAACAGAUCCUUUGACGCCUACGGACCGGCACACCAGGGUGUCGAUCAACACACUUAUACGCGUAGUCAGCAGCACACUAGACCUCAAGAAGCUUCUCCGUCGACUAGAGUAAGCAACGGAGUCGGAAGACAGGCUUACCCACAUGAAAUGUAUCAAAACUAUGGUUACACUGCAUAUGGCAAGGAGCAAGCGACUUACGGUCAUCCUGGCUAUGAGCAGCCGCAGGGGUAUCCCGGCGAGCACAUGGCAUACUCAAACAGUCACUACGGCUAUCAUUACCAUGAGGGCGGGCAACACGAACACGCGCACGCUUACUACGGUGCAGAGGGACAGAAGAGUGCAUCUAAUGAAUACGGUAGAUGGAACGAAGCGGGUAACUACAGCCAGCAGGCGGCUGUCACUCCGGCGGCGUACGGCCCGGCGGGAUCACAGCCACCCGCACCGACCGAGGCUUACCCCAGCGGGGGAGAAUGCGCGGAUGGCUACGGCUCCUUCCAGCAGUUCUACGAAGCGACGCACGGCUCGCAGGCGGCCGGGGAAAACUCCAAUUCGUCGUCAGACUUUCAUUUUUUGAGCAAUCUUGCUAACGAUUUUGCACCCGAAUACUACACCAUUUGAGAUAAGGACUUCGCCGAGCAGGCGAGCGAUCUAUUUGUUUGAAGCUUCGAAAUACGUUUAAUGCAAUUUUUCAUCACAAUGGGAAAUUAUUUCGAAAGAACUGUGGCGCCAUAGGCGAUAUGGACAUCUUCGUUUACUGUAUCUUUGAA